AUGGAGUUCAAAGCUCGUCUUUGUCUUGUCUUCUUGCUCUCGUUUGCUUUCGUUAGCUCAGCUCGAAUCAUGUCCGAUUCAGGAAAACAAGUAAUUGAGAUUGUGAUAAACGACUAUUCUGAUCCCGGUAAAAAUCCUACUCUUAGUCCAGUGGUGCCAAAGCAAUUUCCUCCACCACCACCUGAUUUUAAAGCUUUUGCGAUAAACGACUAUUCUGAUGACGAUAAAAAUCCUACUCUUAGUCCAGUAGUGCCGAAGCAAUUUCCUCCUCCACCACCAGAUUUUAAAGCUUUUGCGAUGAACGACUAUUCUGAUCCCGGUAAAAAUCCUACUCUUAGUCCAGUGGUGCCAAAGCAAUUUCCUCCUCCACCACCGGAUUUUAAAGCUUUUGUGAUAAACGACUACUCUGAUCCCGGUAAAAAUCCUACUCUUAGUCCAAUGGUGCCCAAACAAUUUCCUCCACCACCACCUGAUUUUAAA